CAGAAUUCGAUCACUAGCGAAGAAUAUUGGAACAACAUGACUAAAAACCAGCUGCAACACGUGUAUCGUCGAUCCGGAAUAAAGUCACAUACACAACGUGCGUAAUUUCGCUGCAACGCAUCCAAUCGAGGAUGUGAAUCAAGCUCGAAAAUUAACCGCCACAGCUGUUGAAAUGCUGGAGGAUCCGAGGGAAGCCGCGACCUACGCUCAUUAUCGUUCCUGACAAACGUCGUCCACGUGCUACGAAGAUCAUCGAUCACCUGGCUGUAGAGUGUCUACAACUUACCGCAUGGCCUGCCGCAUCCAGCUGACAUUUAACAGCAUGCUGUGGGGAAGAUGCGUUCUCUAGCUCUCGUUCUCGCGAGCUGCUUCAACCUUCUGCAAAUCGUCGUUCAUUGCCAGGAAUUGUCGAUCAUCAGGCACUCUGAUGGCGAUAUUUUUACCAUCGAAGGUUCCUGCACAGAAGCCUGCACAGUGCUCAGCAGCGGCACCGCCAGUCCUUAUUCCCGUAGCUUCUCGAGUUCCUCGAGUCUUCUUGUACCGAACAGCUCCUGCACGUGUCAGUGUAACUUCGAUCUGCCGAUAUUCCGGGAGGAUCUUCACAUAUGCGUCAACGAUAUCCACGAGUGCAACGUUGCGGGAUUUGUCAGCAACAACGGUUACGUGGAGAGAGUACCGUAUGUCUUCCUUCCACAGCGAGGACAGAUAAUAUAUCCGCAAGCAGAGAUUCGCUUUGAAGGUGUGACCACUCCUGUAUGCGGGAUCGCCGGUGCCCAGCAAUUGGGGAGGGUGGGAUGGUCCGAACUGAGGAACCUUUCCGACACCGAGCCGCCCUUCAGAUUGUUCCGGGACGAGGGCAGGACAUUCCUCCAGUGGAUCGGCGAGGCCGGAUUAAGAGAUGCUGCUGAAGGACGAGUCGUGACGGCCAAAUUAGUCUGCAGAGACGCGUCACCCAAGUCGACGUUCAGCGGCGUUUUUACACCGUGCGUGGCCUUUAGAGUGGCUGGUUCACCGUCCAAAAAUAACGUCCGCGAAGUGAUGUUCGCAUCGACAUCCCAAGUGUCUCAAGGUCUAUCAGCUACGGAAUACAUCGCCAUUGGUCUCUCUUCCGUUAUCUUAGCUCUCAUAUACGUAGCCAGCGUAUCGUUAUAUUUACACAGCAGAAGGGCGAAGAGAAAAUCCAUCGAGGAGGCGAACAUCACUCUCGACGGCGGUCGAGAUGGCGGUGGAUUGGUCAAGAAUAAUCCGUUGCUGGCCGCUACGAGACACUUUGAGAGCGACACGAAUAGCGGACUUACCGAGAGUGAUUUGGGCGAUGAUCUGCCACCCAGCGAUAACGAACAGGGUUUCGAGAACCAGAUAACGUCCGCGAUCGUUCAUCCACACUGCGUGUAUCUGGAGCAAUCGGAAGGGCUCUUCUCUUCGGGUUCUAUUCUGGGCGAGAGGCUGCCGGAAGAGGAUGUACGGGUCGUGGAGACGGCUGACAACCCGCAUCAGCAGGAUGUACCGGUUCUUCCAGGUGCUCAACGGAGGAAGCUAUACUUCAAUCCCGCGUACUUCGAUCGACAGCUAUUGCUGGCCCCACCUCCGGCCGCUAUCGAGUUCCUGCUCAAAAUCCGAGAAGUUAUUUCCAUCGCCAAGCACAAGAUGGCUGCGAAAAGAUUCGUUCCUACUCUCAACGGUAUUCCGGAAGAAGAGAGCAAUUCCGAGCGAUGCGAGUCGGCAAAGUCGAGCAAACAUCAGCAGAGGGUGACGCCAAACUCCGCUCAGGAUGGUUCGGUCGCGAAAUCGCGCAGAUCCCAACGAUGCACCGGGUGUCCCGGAUGUAGCAGCGAUUCCCCUCGACAGCUGCCCGCGCUCCCUGUGCCGGAUUUGCCGACCCAUGGUGAAAGUAAAGUGCGUGCCUGGCUGGAAGACGUGCGGCCGCCACGACACAGCUGGCGAGACGCCGAGGACACGCGCAGGAAUUUCCAGGAGAACGCGCGGACAUUCGCCAGGAACUUGGAGUAUCUGAAACAGUUGGCGAGACGCGACUUUGUCGAUCCGGACGAUCGCGCGAGUCUCGCCGGCAAAUCGAUAUCAUCGUGGAAGGACAAUCCGCCGAUGUUGAAGACCUUCCAGAAUAUCACUGUUAAAAGUGAGAUUCUCGGGAACGACGACCGUCAUAGCGUGUCCAGGCGAUCGACCAGGUCCAUGUUCGACAAGUCCGAGUACGAUCGUUACGGUCGCGGCAAGCGCAUGAACGGAACGCCGUUUCAAUUCACCGCUGGCGAUGACGCGAUAAACGCCAAAGUCCGCAAAGCCAUCGAGAAUUCCUUUAUCAAGCAGAUGGAGGAGAGCGCAGCCAUAGAAAAUGAGAUAAAGGAGAGCGCGAAGGACGAUAAGAAUAGCAAGAGCGAAGACGAGAAAUCGGCGAAGACGGAAAGAUCGUCGUCCAGUAACACUGAAAAAUCCGAGAAACCGAAAUUACAGCUGCAGAACAAUUCCGCUCCGAAGAGAUCGAGGAAGUCGAAGGCGCCGAGCGCACCACCAUUGAGGAAAAAGGAACUUCCGGACAUGAUCAACGAACUACCUGGUGCGAAGAACACCGCGAAACGUAUCAUGGACGCCGUGAUACGCGAGAUGGUGGAUGUAAAAGCGUUGGAUCAUCAUCACGUGAAGUCAACCGAUUGCGCGACAAUCGGGAAUUAUGAAGUGGACAGUCUCGAGCGUUCCAAAUGUAGCAGCAAAUCAUCGACAUCGCCCGAUCAGUCAACGGACAAUCAAUCGAGUCCGGCUCUGUCGACGGCGUUGCCCAUGGACGAAGAAUUGACGAUGCAAAACGCCGUCAUCAAUACUCGUACCGGUGAGAUGACCCUGUCGAAACUUAAUAACCAGAUCCUUAUCCAAAGAAACUGCUACAACAGCUUACCAGAACUGAUCAGCAAUCAGCGAUCGGAAGCGUAUUCGCUGGUAAGUGAGGUCUACGUGAAUGACGGUUAUGCCAGUCCCGCCUGCAGCGACGACAGUGGUCCGGAGAUCCAGUACGAGCCGGAGAAUCCGGGCCAUUUGACCAUCAGAGUGCAAGACUCACCUGAGAAUUAUGUUAAGCUUGAUGAGUCCGAGUACGAGCCGGAUACUCUUGAUCGGAAGCCGAUGAAGCUUCGAAUCAAUGACGACAUGCAAUACGAACAGACAGAUAUGGUUAACGAGGUUUUUGUAGACUCGUUGGAGCGACCGGCACAAAUCCUGCUGAGGAGCAAGGGCAGUUUCCGCGACGAUAGUUCCUCCGCAGCGCGACAACGCUGCUGUCAUGGGAGUCUGCGAGAAAUUUACGAGGCGAAGCUUAAAUCGAAUGUGAAGGAAUCGCACUCGAUCACACAAGGUCAUAGUCACGAUUCCAAAUGUCGAAUAAACGGCGAUUCGAGUGAUGAUAUUCUAUCGUGGAAGAAGUGCAAGUACCUGACGCCAGAUAGUAGACAAGCGAAAAGACAGCGGAAACCGCAUAAUCAGCCGGACGUGGUACCAUUGCCGCCCACGGAAGAGAUCUAUCAACGACCGAAGCCACCGCGACGCGUCGAGGACGCGAAACUUUUACUGCCGCCGCCGCCAUCGCCGUCAAAAAACGUCUGGGACAGGAGACCUGUCGAAGCGGGUGACCCUACGGCCAGCAACGGCGCUCCUGUCCCGAAACUCAACGAAUAUCAUGUAGGGAACCAGACGUGUCUCUGCGCGUCACAAAUUCAACUUGUCGACGACAUGGCGACCGAGUACGAGUCUUAUAGUGAGAAAGACGUCGCUUUAAUGGGGUUGACGUUCCUCGACGAGAUGAUAGACGACCAUACCGUGACGAAUGGCUGCAGGGAUUGUCCAUGCGAGACGCGAAUCGAGGUCGAAGAUUCCGAAGACAGGUACAGGUUUUAUGAAGACCAGAUUAACGUCGAAGAGGAGAGGCCUGCCACAAGUUUCUCGCAUCACAGAAGCUCCGCGAAGACUAGGACUCGAUCGUGGAGCAUCGAUGGACAUCGCCGGGGAGAUCAAGACAGAUUAAUCAGCAGAGCGCAGAACGGUUCCAGAACGCGACAAUUGAUGAUGGGUCUCUCGAGGAGUUGCGAUUCCAGUGCGAGCAACAUGAUGAUACCGCUGGUGGCGGACAAUCGACGCGGCCACGUCAAGGUUGAAGACAGCGGCUAUCUCAGUAGCACCGACAGCAACGGCUCUCGCAAGCGAUUAUUGCGACACGAAGUGAGCAGCGUAUCCGAGGAGACCGACGAGACCGAGUCGGUGUGCGAUGGUGCCGAAAGUGAGAGCGGUGCUGAAAGCAUUGGCACUGACAGCGUAUUCUUCGGCAACUUUCGCAAACUGUCGGAGAUGUCCAAGAGCGCCGACUCUGGUGUAGACCUGGACGGGAAGAAUCCUUUUCCGUAUUAUCAGUUUUCCAACGCGAGGAACGAGGCCACGAUGGUCCUGGAGAGAGCCAAUUUCAGCGCUAGUGACAGCGAGACUGAGAGCCUCGUCACCGUCCUGCCGCCCUGUAACAGCCAAUGCAGUUUGAUAUCAUAACUGAAGUGCCUUCACAUUUUAAGUAGAUGGAAAAUUCUUCAAAGAUCCGCCGGAAGAUCUAUUAAGAGUUUACU